AUGUUGGGAGACAAAGCUCACGGUGUGACGCUGAAGGUUAUGGAAUACACGUAUGAUGAGGAUCUGGAGGAGCUGUGUCCUGUGUGCGGAGACAAAGUGUCCGGAUACCACUACGGUCUGCUCACCUGUGAGAGCUGCAAGGGCUUCUUCAAGAGGACGGUGCAGAACAACAAGAGGUACACGUGCGCGGAAAACCAGGAGUGCAAAAUCGACAAGACGCAGAGAAAGAGGUGUCCGUUCUGCCGCUUCCAGAAGUGCCUCAGCGUCGGGAUGCGGCUCGAAGCGGUGCGUGCAGACCGCAUGCGUGGGGGCAGGAACAAGUUUGGCCCGAUGUACAAGAGAGACCGGGCCUUGAAGCAGCAGAAGAAGGCUUUGAUUCGAUCCAACGGCUUCAAGCUGGAGAGCGCAGCUCCUCUGCCCGCCUCUCCCCUGCAGCUCGACUACAGCUUCACCGGCAGCCUGCACAGCCUGCCCACCAUCUCCAAAAGCCUGCUCCCCACCACCCCGAGCUCCAUCACCCCUACAGAAUACGAGGCCGGGCUGUACGGGCCCCCGGCCCCGGGCAUGCCAGUGCAGUCCCAUGUGCCUCUGGGCACUCAAUACCAGUACACAGCUUUCUCUGGCAGGGUGAUUAAGGCCGAAUGUCCCGACUACACCAGUUCUCCCGAGUCUCUGACAGGAUACCCCUACCCUGACAUGUACCCCUCAGCCUCCCCCCAGCCCCCCAGCCUGCCCCCGCUGGUGCUGGAGUUGCUUCGCUGCGACCCAGAUGAGCUGGUGGUCCAAAAUAAGAUCGUUGCUCAUCUGCAGCAGGAGCAGAGCAGCCGGAGCCGCCUGGAGAAGCCCAGUACCUUCAGCCUGAUGUGCCGCAUGGCGGACCAGACGCUCUUCUCUAUCGUGGAGUGGGCUCGGAGCUGCAUCUUCUUCAAAGAGCUGAGGGUUGGAGAUCAAAUGAAGCUGCUUCAUAACUGCUGGUCUGAGCUUCUGGCCCUGGAUCACAUUUUCAGACAAGUGCAACAUGGAAAAGACGAGAGCAUCCUGUUGGUGACCGGCCAGGAGGUUGAGCUGACGUCCAUCUUGUCUCAAGCUGAGGCCACUCUGUCGGCUCUGGUCCAGAGGGGUCAAGAACUGGCGGUGAGGCUGCGGACGCUGCAGGUCGACCGCCGAGAAAUCGCCUGUCUGAAAUUUCUGCUGCUGUUCAACCCGAAUGUGAAGCUGUUGGAGAAUCAGCCAUUUGUGGAGGGCGUCCAGGAGCAGGUGAACGGGGCUCUGCUGGAGUACACGCUGUCUGCCUACCCUCAGUUCCAUGACAAGUUCAGCCACCUGCUAGUGAGCCUGCCGGAGCUGCGCUCCCUCAGCACGCAGGCUGAGGACUACUUAUGCUACAUGCAUGUGAGCGGAGAAGUGCCCUGCAACAACCUGCUCAUCGAGAUGCUGCAUGCCAAGCGAGCGUGUGUGUGAAGGCACGCGGCGGACGCUUCACUCUCAUGUGUUGUUUGUCUAGGUGAGACUGUGUGUGUGAAAUGGAGUGAGUGGAAUGAAACGAUGACAGACAGGAGCAGUGGGCUCACACGCUGGACACUGACUGAACAAAAAGGGUUAUUUUGAGUUUGGAAUUAUAAAGUUCUGUCUGGUGGGUUAACAUGUUUUCAUGUUUCAUGUUUGUCCUGCUGACCUACAAUGUUGUGACAUUUUUAAACUGGAUUUUGUGUCUGUUUCACAAAA